GCGACUCCCGGCGGGCUCGGCGGCGGAGCGCGGGAGCGGCGGCGCGCGAGCGGCCGGGAUGGGAAUUCAUGGCUUGGCCAAGCUUAUUGCCGACGUGGCUCCAGGGGCCAUCCGGGAGAAUGACAUCAAGUCCUACUUUGGCCGGAAAGUGGCCAUCGACGCCUCCAUGAGCAUCUACCAGUUCCUGAUCGCUGUGCGGCAGGGAGCUGACGUGCUCCAGAACGAGGACGGGGAGACCACCAGCCACCUGAUGGGAAUGUUCUACCGCACCAUCCGCAUGGUGGAGAACGGCAUCAAGCCGGUGUACGUGUUCGACGGGAAGCCCCCGCAGCUGAAAUCCGGGGAGCUGGCCAAGCGCACGGAGCGCCGGGCCGAGGCAGAGAAGCACCUGCAGGAAGCGCAGGAGGCCGGGGAGGAGGAGAACAUCGAGAAGUACAGCAAGAGGCUGGUCAAGGUGACCCCGCAGCACACGCAGGAGUGCAAGAAGCUGCUGAUGCUGAUGGGAAUUCCCUACGUGGAGGCACCCGGAGAGGCAGAGGCCAGCUGUGCCGCCCUGGUGAAGGCCGGGAAGGUGUAUGCCGCCGCCACGGAGGACAUGGAUUGUCUCACCUUCGGCAGCCCCGUGCUGAUGCGGCACCUCACGGCCAGCGAGACCAAGAAGCUGCCCAUCCAGGAGUUCCACCUGAACCGGAUCCUGCAGGAUCUGCAGCUGACCUGGGAGCAGUUUGUGGACCUGUGCAUCCUGCUGGGCUGCGACUACUGCGGCAGCAUCCGCGGCAUCGGGCCGAAGCGCGCCGUGGAGCUCAUCCGGGAGCACAAAUCCAUCGAGAGGAUCGUGCAGCAGCUCGACACCAAGAAGUACCCCCUGCCCGAGAACUGGCUGCACAAGGAGGCCCAGAAGCUCUUUCUGGAGCCCGACGUGAUCGAUCCCGAGGCCGUGGAGCUGAAGUGGAGCGAGCCAGAUGAGGAGCAGCUGGUGCAGUUCAUGUGCGGGGAGAAGCAAUUCAACGAGGAGCGCAUCCGCAACGGCGUCAAGAGGCUGAGCAAGAGCCGCCAGGGAAGCACCCAGGGCCGGCUCGACGACUUCUUCAAGGUCACCGGGUCCAUCACCUCGGCCAAGCGCAAGGAGCCGGAGCCCAAGGGAGGGGCCAAGAAGAAAGCCAAGACCAACUCCAAGCCCAAUGGCACCCCAGCCGCAAAGACUAAAAAGUCAAAAUAACUGGAUCAGGCGCCCACAGACCUCUGGGACUGGGUGUUUGGGGGCUUAAUGAGGAAUUUUAGACUAAUGACAGUUGUGUGUCAGUGCUGCGUGUUAGUGCUGGGAAGGAAUGGAGGAGGCUGGCAGAGUGGAACAGCUUCUGGGCACAAACACUCCCAGAUUUCAGAAUUCCAAAGCUGAACAGCUCCAGAGCAGACUCAGGACAAAUUAGAUUUCAGCCUGAUCCCAUCCAUCCCAGAAAAGGUAGAUGCAAGCAGAAACUGGAAAGAUAGGAGUGGAAGGCAAGCUGGAAUUGGGAAGGAGGCUUCAAGUAAUGAGGUAAAUUCUCCCUUUAAAGAGAGUUCAUUAAGGUUUUUCCUUCCCUUUUCGUGGUCACUGUCCUUAUUCAAAACCCAGUUGUGAUCUCAAUUCCAGCAAUGUCCUGGCCCUCUUUUAGUGCGUAAUCCAGGGAAAGUUGAGCCCGAACUGCAGCUCUCCCAGUCUGAAAUUUGCUGAGAAAUGCUUAAAAAUAAAAAUAACCAUAAGCCUAGAACUGCAGCCUCUUCAGUCCUUGAAUUCCAGAGGCAUUUUUCUGUGUUGUACACACUUACAGGUCCCCAGAUGGGAAUUAAAACCUUUUAUUUCUUAUUUUAUUCUGUAUUUUCUUUAGUGUUUUGCUUGUCAGAGCCACGGGAUGGGUUUUGUUUUCAGAAUAAAAUUUGAACUCAAAGACACUGUUUUCUCUUUCUCCAGAGAAGUGGCUUAAACCGUCUUUUUAAAUGAAAAUCCCAGUUUUAGAGGGAAUUCUGUAACAGCCAACAAACCAAAUGCAGUCUGGAAUACAAAGAAUUCUAAUUUUGAGCUCUCUGGAUGCUCCAUAGACAUCAAAAUCCCUUCUUCAUCCCAGUUUUCCAGCUGGCUGGACCAUGACCCAUGUGUUACCCACAGCAUUCCCAUCCUGAAUCCAAGCCCAAUAUGUGCCAGCUCCUGGGAAGAAAGGAACCCUGUCCCAGUGGAAAGCAGAACAGUGGGAACUCCCAGACAGCUUUUGGGGAAACCCUGAAUUUAUCCAGCAGGAAGAAGGCUACGAAGUGUGUCAGCUGCUGUCACGAGCUGCAUCCUGGAUCCAUGACAGCCAUCUCCUGAGAGCUCCCUUGUGUUCCCAUUCCCGCUGGAGCCUCUUGUCCAGCGCUGCCCGGAGGGUUUUCUCCUGUGGCACUGCUGCACCCUGGGAGCCAUGCAUUGGGCACCGGCGGCUCAGGGACACUUGGUGCUGGGAAUGCUUUGCUGGAAUGGCUUGGGCUCCCAGUUGUAUUUCCAGGCUUUUCCUGGCUGUGGGUAUCUGGUGAGUUCUGUGGAUAGCCAUGGCUCCAAGGCAGCAGGGAGACCUGUCCAUGUGGGCUCCUCCAUCUGGAGUCCAGCAGAUCUCAUGGAGGCUCUGGCAGGGAUGGGGACCUUUGCUAUAAAUAUCCCGGGUGGGGAGAUCUUCCUUAGCCUCGUCCUCCACAGCCAGCUCCAGGGACCAUUCCUGAUAUGGGAACAGCUGCCUUUGCUGCUGGAGCCUCUUGUCCAGCAGCGUGCGGAGAGUCUGCCCAGACGGCUCUGCCGCAGGAUCCUGGGAGCCGUGGAUUGGGCACCGAUGGCUCCAGGACACUUCCACUUGCUUCUUGGCAGGAACAGGCCAGGUUCCAGUUGGAGCACAACACAGGUCACAGAGGGUCUGGAUGGAAAUGGAGGAGCCUUUCCGAGGGAUGGACAUUCUUGGAAGGGGGGAGGAUCUCAACCAGCGUCGGGUUCUGCGGAGGACUGAGCCUUUUCCAGCAGCAGAUGUUUUCCGACAGAUCGGAGGUCUAGUUGGGCUCCUGAAGGGCAGGGGGCUCCCCGAGGAGCUGGAGGAACUGGAGGAGCUGGAGGAGGCGCAGCAGGACAGGUGGCCUUGCUCCAGCAGCUGCUCCAGGUCCUCCCAUGACAGCUGCCACAUCUCCGAGUCCCGUGGGAAGGACGCCUCGGGCCACAGCGGCGUCACCAGGUCCUGCAGCUCCCGGGCCGCUGUCACACAGGGGGUGCAGCAGGGGCCGCAGCCACAGGGGAUGUACAGGGGGCUCUCCGGGGCAGACGGGCCGUGGGGAGGGGUCUCCUCAUCCCGGGGGGAACCGGGAGUCCCCGGGGCCGCUCGGCAGCACCGCGACGCCCUGGCCCGGCUCCCGAGGCACUUCCGCGCCUUCCAAAUGCGGGUGGCCAGCAGGACGGCCGUACUGGCCACCAGCAGGACAAGCGAGGGGAGCAGGAAACUCAUGGCUUCAUCCGUGUCCCAUCGUGGCCGCACUGGGAGCCAGGGGGUGGUGGCACGUGUCCUGUAGAGACACUGGGCUGAUGUCACAGUGCUGCGGGGGAGACACCUGUGUGACAUCACAGCCCUGCCUCACCCCAGUGCUCACGGCCCAGGGCACCUCAGUGCUUCCAGGGGUGAGGGGCUCCAUGUGGGCACUGGUGGUCCUCUGGAGGAGAACAGAUGGAAAGAUUCUCAGGCAAGUAGGACACAGUGAUGAGGAGGGGGAUGAUGGUCUCACCUCCUGGCUGACAGAGGUGGAUUGUCCCAUGGGAUACUGCAAGGUGCUGGAGGAGGAAAAGUUCUCAGUAACCACCAAAACAUGUCUGUGUUAUCCACGGCAUUCCCAUCCUGAAUCCAAGCCCAGGGCUGUGCCACACACUGUGAAGAAAAUUAACCCUGUGAAUCCUACUAAAAGCACCCAACCAGAGCACUGAGGUGGAGUAGCGUGUUUUCUGUGGAGCGUGUUGGUGGUGGAGAACUGCAUCAAGAUGGGAUUUAGCAGGGAGAGGGGCAGACUGGGUACCCAGGGCAUCCUGUGCGGCACAGGGCAGAAAUGUCAUCUCCAGUGGAGCACCUGAUAUCCUACACCAGCUGUGGCACUGCCGCAUGGUGCCAACUUAGCUGUGUGGUCAUGGAAGGACCAGAAGGAUGGCACCAUCACCAUGGAUUGAGUCUGACUGGUUUGAUGACUAGGAUAAAUCCACAUGUACUGGAGCUGAUCGAAGGUGUUGGAUGCUGGUUUUUGGGCUGUUGGAAAGAGUUUGGAUCCCGUCCCUCCCAGCUCCUUCUGGAGACAGUGUCUGUGGAACCACAGAAUGGUUUGGGUGAGAAGGGUCCAGCUGGGAGCAGGUGUCCAGGCUGAAGGUGUGGCUGGACAAGGCCCAGUGGGAGUAGGGAAUGCGGCUGGCUGGAGAGCAGCUGGGGGACCCACCUGGGACGUGCUGGUGACUCCUGCCCAGAGAUGGAGUCAAAGAAUCGGGAUCAGAAUCAGCUGCAACCUCAGGCCACCACCUGCGGAUUUCCGGGGCGGGGAAUGCGACUGGUGGCCUGAGGCUGAUGCUAAUUGGCAUUGUGAUAAUCAAAUGGAGAUAAUUGCACCUGAUUCAUGCCAUGAGCGUUGGUGUGGGGAUCAGAAUAGGUUGAACUGAAGCACAGCAAUGUGCCUGGAGGAAGAAGCCCAUGGCAGCUGGGGAAAGGCUUUGUGGAUGUCCAAGAGGGAAUUGACUCCAUGGACUUUGGGUGAGGCUGUGCUUGUGUGUGGUGCUGGGGAAGAGAAGGAGAGGAGCUGAGCUCAUGGAAUUAAGCAGGAAGGAAGACAGAAGGGAUGUGAGCUGUGUUUUCUCCUAGAGACACACACACACACACACACAGAGGGACAUGCUGGAAUGGCACUUUAUUGUUCCAUGGAGGGGUCCAGCGUGUCUUGGUGGCAUCAGUAGGUGCUGAAGAUGGCCUGGAUGUGCUCCCAGUUUUUCGGUUUGUAGGUGCCAACGCCUGCGGCAGAUGGAUGUGUGACAUGGGACAUGGAGGCCCCAAGCACAGCCCCUUGUACCCCACACCUCCCUAGGUGCUCACCUUCCUGGAGGGGACUCCAGCAGCUGAAGAACUGCCAGUAGGUCCUUUCGGUUUCAUUGCCAGCCAGCCCAUGGAUGGAGGUCACAAAGGGACCCCAGCAUGUCUUCUUUGUCUUGAAGCUGCCGGCAAAGGGAGUGAGCUCAGAGCUGGGUGGGGGGAUGCAAACACCUCCCCUUCUCUCCCACCCUCUGGCUCUCACCAAAAGAUGUCAGGUUUCUCAUUCCUUGCUACCUUCAUCACCUGGAGCAGCGUGGAGUUAUCUGGGACACACACCGAGGUGGAGUAGUGAAAGUAAUUCUUCAGCGUGUUGGUGAUGGAGAACUGCACCGUGAUGGGAGCUGCGGGUCGGGAGAGGGGCAGGGUGGGCACCUGGCACACCCCACCUGGCAUAGGGCAGGAGUGUCACCCACACGGGGUCAGCUCCAGGUUGGAAAUCCUAGUUGUCCCCAGCACUGGAGACAGGGGCAGCUGUUGGCCUGGGGACAUUCUCUUGGUGGCAGCACAGCCCCACCUACCUGUGUUGAGGUACGACUUGCCCACCAGGGGAGGCAGCACCUGGGCUAUGGCCAUGGGCUGUUGGUAGUCGUGGUUGUAGACCACGCUGAAGGCCUGGGCACGGUCCCACUUCCGAGGGGCAUAAAACUCACUCGAGGUCUCCAGAGCCUGCAGAAGAGGUGGAACAUGGCACAAGCAGCCUGGGAGCGGAACUGUGACCCCAGAGCCCCUGUCCAUACCUGCAAGGCCAGUCCCAUGCUGUAGAUAUUCCCGAUCAUGCCGUUGUGCUCUUCUUGCUUAUUCAGAAAAUCGUUGGUCACUGCCUUUAGUGCAUCAUGGAUCAGGUGCUGCUUGCCUGUGUGGUUGUAGGCGCACACCAGCGCCAGUACUGCCAUGGCCCGGCUGUCUGUGGGAUCCCAGUGUCACUGCCAGUGCCCCGGAGACACCUCUGGGAGCAGAGGGGGCACAGCGGGGCUGGAGGAUUCCCUUACCCACAUCGGGGGAGCUCUUAUAUUUCAGCAACUCCUCAGCCACAGCCUUGGCUGCAUCUUGGUUGUCAUAUUCCUUCACCAGGCACAGGGCCAGGAUGUCCAGGCUCUCUCUGUACAAGGUGAUCACUGCAAGGCAAAGAGGGGUGAGCUGAUGGGGUGCAGUGAGGGUGACACCCCCCAGUCCUUCCCUCACAUCCCUGUUGUACCGUUUUUGCUUAUCUCCUCAUUCAUUUUCUGCUUCAGGAUGGGGAUCAGGUUGAUAGUCUUCCCCAUGGCAUGGACACAUCGGGGGUCCUGGCAGGAGGAGAGGAGGGCGAGGAUGUACAGAGCCACUUGUCCCGAGGUGAAGUCUGUGGGGACAAGAGGACAGAGUGGUGGGAUGGGAUGUGGUGUCCUGGGAGCUGGCGGUGCUGGGCCUGCAGUUAUGGGGUCUGCUGGGAUCAGGUGUACCCCCUCCCCUGCUCUGGGUUCUCCUCCUCUCCCUUCUCCACCUGUCUGGGCUCUCUCCACUGCAUCCCUCUUUAUCUCCUGGAGCAGCCAGUUGUGGACAUGGCCAUGUGUGGCUCCAGCCAGGUUCAUGGCCAGCAGGAUGCUGGGGUUCGGUGGCUCAUCAAACUUGACAGAUUUCUCCAUGCGGUGCAGCAGCUUCUGGACCAGGUGGUGGUGGGUGACUGUAGCCUGGCACCCCUCUGCCACUGAGGGCAGGUCACCAGGAGCCCUGUGCAUCAUCCACUCGUUCCCCUGCAGUGUCACCGGUCUGUCUGCAGUGCCACUGCAGGAGGACUGACACUCACCGCAGCCCUGCGUGACCGUGGCACUUGCCAGGGCCAGCAGGACUGCAAUGCUGUAAGCCAUGCUGGGCAUCCUCUGUCCUCAGGAGAGCUGAUCCACUCAGGGCAGCAGAGUCUUGCAGGCAUUCAUCUCUCCAGCUGUGCCCUCUACUUUUAUCUGCUCCUGGUGCCAUCCUGUGGUCACUGCCCACCCACAUUUCCUGUGGCACUUCCACAUGGUGCCAGCUUAUCUGUGUGGUCAUGGAAGGACCUGGAAGGUGGCACCAUCACCAUGGAUUGAGUCAGACAGGAUGCUCCUGUGUGACUGGUUUGAUGUCUAGGAUAAAUCCACAUGUACUGGAGCUGAUCGAAGGUGUUGGAUGCUGGUUUUUGGGCUGUUGGGAAGAGUUUGGAUCCCGUCCCUCCCAGCUCCUUCUGGAGACAGUGUCUGUGGAACCACAGAAUGGUUUGGGUGAGAAGGGUCCAGCUGGGAGCAGGUGUCCAGGCUGAAGGUGUGGCUGGACAAGGCCCAGUGGGAGUAGGGAAUGCGGCUGGCUGGAGAGCAGCUGGGGGACCCACCUGGGACGUGCUGGUGACUCCUGCCCAGAGAUGGAGUCAAAGAAUCGGGAUCAGAAUCAGCUGCAACCUCAGGCCACCACCUGCGGAUUUCCGGGGCGGGGAAUGCGACUGGUGGCCUGAGGCUGAUGCUAAUUGGCAUUGUGAUAAUCAAAUGGAGAUAAUUGCACCUGAUUCAUGCCAUGAGCGUUGGUGUGGGGAUCAGAAUAGGUUGAACUGAAGCACAGCAAUGUGCCUGGAGGAAGAAGCCCAUGGCAGCUGGGGAAAGGCUUUGUGGAUGUCCAAGAGGGAAUUGACUCCAUGGACUUUGGGUGAGGCUGUGCUUGUGUGUGGUGCUGGGGAAGAGAAGGAGAGGAGCUGAGCUCAUGGAAUUAAGCAGGAAGGAAGACAGAAGGGAUGUGAGCUGUGUUUUCUCCUAGAGACACACACACACACACACACAGAGGGACAUGCUGGAAUGGCACUUUAUUGUUCCAUGGAGGGGUCCAGCGUGUCUUGGUGGCAUCAGUAGGUGCUGAAGACGGCCUCAAUGUGCUCCCCAUCCUGUGGUUUGUAGGUGCCAACCCCUGCAGCAGAUGGAUGUGUGUUGCUGGGAUCUGCAGAUCCCCACCACAGCCUCCCCCGCACCAUCCCUGGCCCCCUCCCCCACCUUCAUCGAGGGCAUUCCCAGCACUGAGGAACUGCCAGUAGGUCCUGUCCUCCGUGCUGCCAGCCAGCCCGUGGAUGGAGGUCACAUAGGGACCCCAGGAUGUCUGCUCCAUCUGGAAGCUGCAGGAGAGUUGAGGAGGCUCAGGCCUGGGGAAAUGGCAAAUCCCACCUCCAAAGCCACCCUGGCUCUCACCUAAAGUUUUGGGGAUCCUCCUGUGCUGCCACCUCCAUCACCCGGAGAAGAGUGGAGUCACUUGGGACUUCCACUAAGAUGAAGUAGUGGAAGGGUAUUCCCUGGAGUGUGUUGGUGAUGGAGUAAUGCACUUGGAUGGAGGCUGUGCAGGGAGAGAGUGGCAGGGUGGGCACCUGGCACACCUUCAGUGGGCACAGGGUGGGAACAUCAUCCCUGCGGGGUCUGGGCGACUCCAGGUGGGAUCGGCGUACCUCUGGGAAUGCCAUGUGUCCCCAGCACUGGGGGCAGGGGCAGCUGUCGGCCUGGGGACAUAUUCUUGGUGGCAGCACAGUCCAGGCCAGCCACAUCCAGGUAGGAUCUGCCCUCCAGGGCUGGCAGCACCUGGGCGAUGGCCAUGGGCUGCUGGUAGUCGUGGGCGUACACCCUGGAGAAGGCCUGGGCACAGUCCCACUCCCGUGGGGCGUAAAACUUCCUUGUGGCCUCCAGUGCCUGUGGAGCAGAUGGGAUGUGGAAUGACGCAUCUGGGAAUGGGACCAGGUGGCCGCGAUUCCACACUCCCCUGGCACCUCCCCUACCUGCAGGGCCAGCCCCAUGCUGUAGAUAUUCCCGAUCAUGCCAUUCCUCUCCUUCUGCUCAUCCAGGAAGCUGUUGCUCACUGUCCAAAGUGCAUCCCAGAGCAGAUCCUGCUCGUUCUGGUGCUCCAUGUAGUUGUAGGCGCAGGCCAGCGCCAGUGCCACCAUGGCCUGGGUGUCUGUGGGGUCCUGGGGUCACUGCCAAGGCUCAGGAUAGACCCCGGGAAUGGGAAUGUGGGAGCAGAGGAGUUCCUUACCCACGGAGAUGGGGCUCUCAGGGUUCAGCACCUGCUUGGCCAGGGCCUUUGAUGGCCUUUGAGCACCAUCCGCCUCAGCCAGGCACAGGGCCAGGGUGUCCAGGCCCACGCUGUACAGGGUAGUUUUGGGAAUCCCCUCAGCCUCUAAAAGCAAAGAGGGGCAAGAUGACAGGGUGUGGGGACAGUGACACCCCCAGGCCCCCAAGUCCCAACAAACCCAGUUUGGCCAUCUCCUCAUCUGUUUUCUGCUGCAGGACACGGAUCAGGUCAAGGGUCUGCUCCAGGGCAUGGACACGCUGGGGAUCCUGGCAGGAGGAGAGGAGGGCGAGGACGUGCAGAGCCACCUGUCCUGAGGUCAUGUCUGUGGGGACAAGGGGGCAGCCAGGCUGUGUAAGGCUGGGCACCCCAAGAACUGGCAGAAACCUGGUCCCCCAGGAGCUGGUGCCUUCCCUCCUUUCCCUCCCUACCUUUCUGAGCUCUCCUCACUGCCUCGUCCUUGAUCUCCUGGAGCAGCCACUUGUGGAUGGGACCGUUGCUGUCCCCCCCAGCCAGGUUCAUGGCCAGCAGGACACUGGGAUUUGCCGCCUCCUCGAAAUUUACAGAUUCCUCCAGGUGCUGGAGCAGCUGGGAGACCUUAUCCUGUGGGGCCACUGGAAAGAGGGGGAGGUCAGUGGGAUCCUGUGUCCCAUCCGUGGUCUCUCCUGGUUCUCCGUGGGGGGGUGACACUCACCACAGUCCUCGGUGGCUGUGCAGCCCACCAGGGCCAGCAGGACCCCGAUGCCCAAAGCCACACCAAGCAUCCUUCUGGAGCCAGCUGACCCACUCAGGGUGGCAGAGUCCUGUGGGAAUUCAGCUCUCUGGGCGUCCUGUCUGCUUUUAGCUGUUUUCCCAGUGUCCUUGUCCCGUCACCUGCCCUCCCAUAGCCACCCUGGCUCUGCCAAGCACCGCUGGCUUAUCUGUGUGUCCAGCGGGGGAGGAAGGGUGGUGAUUUUCCUUUUGGGAUCACUGGGGACCACUUGGACCACUUCAGUAUCCAUGAGUCUGUGAUGUUGUAUGGGAUUCAUUCCAGUAUAUCCCAGAAGGAACCACCUCAAUCUUCCACCCAAGGUCCUGGAAGCCUGGGGAGCUCCAUUGCUGGCUGGGCAUUCUGCAGCCGUAUCUCACUUGGAUUUUUCCAGGAAACUCUAGCCUUGAUAAUCUAAGUUCAGUACCAAGAAAACGGGUGGAAAAGGCCAUACUGGACCCUGCUGGGAAAGUGAUUCAAGGACAGUGCCUGCGUCAGACACAGGCAGCUCAGGAUAAUGGACCCUGCUGGGAAAGCAACUCAAGGACAGUGCCUGCGUCAGGCAUAGGUAGCUCAGGAUAACGGAGAGAAAUUCCCGACUAACUGGUUUCUUACCCUGCUGCCAUAAGGUCUCCCGGCUCAGAGGUGAUGGGGAGGCAGAGCCUGUUCAUUUUUGGGAUUGUAGUAGGAGUUUUGGCCCUGUCCCUCACACAAUCCCUCUGGAGGUGUCCAGCUGUGAGAUGAGCAGGGACAGGGUGUGCUGGCUGCUGUGCUGGAUUUAACUGGGAUAGGGAAUUUUUGUUUACUGCAUUUGGAUUCAGAAUGGUAAUGGUGUGGAUAACACACGGGAGGUUGGUGGUUGCUGAGCGGGACUUGCCCUCCUGAAGCACUUUGCAGUGUCCAGUGGGACAAUCCAGGAUGAGGCACCAUCCUCAGGGACAUUCCCUGUGCCUUCUAUGGGCGGGGAGGAAAAAGGGGUGGGGGAGUCUGGAGGGUGAUGGUGUCAUUUGGCACAGCCCAUUGUGCUGGAGGACCCGGUGAGUGAGGGAUGAGGGAGCCCGAGUGAGAUCCCUCCAAAAAAGGGAGGUUACAGCCCCAAAACGCCUGAAAAUUUAUGGAGGAUUUGUGUGUAAAAUACUGAAAACUGCAAAUAUUCCCAUUUUUGUAUAUUCUGAGAAAUUUUAAUGCAUUUAAAAACUGAUUCCGAAAUAAAACCCUGUGUCUGCUGUGUUAUAGUCAGGAUAUAGACUGUAAGGAAUUGUGGUUACGGAGCUAGAGGGUUUGACAAUACAAAACACAUUUCUCUAUCCGGGGCCAAGGCCGGGGCUGCUCCCGGAAGGAAACGCCGCAGGCCCCGGGGUGCAGGCGCGGAGCCGGGAGCGGCAAUGCCGGAGCCCGAGGAGCGGCGGGGCCAGGCUCGGAGCCAAGAACACUCCAAAGUGCCUCCUCGCCCUCCUGGACAGCAGGAAUGUCUUCCAUAGCUCCUGUUUGAGAAUGGCAAUGGCUGUUGGGAGCUCUGGCAGGAGCACCUGGAGACCAGCAGUGUUCUUGGGCACAUUGAGAGUAAUUCCAAGAAUUUUGAAACAGUGGAGAAGCAGAGGGGAAAAACUGUGAAGCUGAUCCAUUUCUAGUAAUUCCAAACUUCUCUCACGGUGCCAUUCUGGAUGAAACCUGGGAUCAGGAAGCCAGCCCUGGCGAGGAGGAGGAUGAGGAGGUGUGGGAGGAUGGAGACAGCGGCCCCCAAAGGCUGGGGAAGGCCCAGGUCCAGCCAAGAACACCCCAGAGUGCCUCCUCACCCUCCUGGACAGCAGGAAUGUCUUCCAUAGCUCCUGUUUGGAAAUGGCAGUGGCUGUUGGGAGCUCUGGCAGAAGCACCUGGAGACCAGCAGGGAAACAAGAGGUGCCAAAAAGAAUUGGAGCUUCUGCACAAUGAAAUCUGCAAGAAUCCAACUUCAAAUCCCCCUGGAUUGUCACCGGUCUGACUUCCAUGGACUGGUCACCGUGGCCAGGAGUGCCCAGUCCUGCUGAAAGUGCACUGGACCAGGAUGUCAUUUUCAUUUUAUGCUGGUAAAGACCCUCUGGGUGACCCCCAGGGACUGGAAGGACCAGACUGGGCUCCCAGGGCACUAAUUCCAGGGGUUUUGGUUUUGGGAAGAGCACAGGAGCCGCUCCCUUGCCCAGAGGAGCAGCCAGUGCCUCCCUUAGUCCACAAAUCCCCAGGAAAGACCACAGAGGAAAUAGCAGGAAUGUGGAAAUCCCCCACACUGAGAGUUUGUGGUGCUCUGGAUUACAUUUUGGAUUUAUGCUGUUAAAGGGGGGCUGUGGAAUGGCUUCUCUCAUUUUAUUGUCACUGUUGUCACUGCUUUUGUUGCUAUCACUGUUAUAUGCUGUCAUCAAUAUUAAAUUAUUAUAUUUGUCUUGGUUUCCAUUAUUAAAGUGUUCUGAGCUGGA